AACUGCAGCGGCGAAGAAGAUGCAAGAUGGCGGUUCAGGUGGAGUUGAGUAGUUCGGACAGUUUUCCUUCACACCUGAGUCCUCUGGAUGUUUUGGUACCAAGAUCUUACUGGGAUUCCCUUUUCCAGAAUGACUCGGACCCGCCGACCGUCCUCUUCACCCCACAGCGGCUUCAGGGCUCCGGGCGGACGGACAUUUUACUGCUCGUUCACCCGGCCACCGAGGAGGAUUCAGCGGACUGCGGAGGAGGAAGCAGCCUCAGAGCCGACACCGUGUCCGGACAGCGGCUCCGACUGUUCACUAGCCGCUUCUUCCAUCGGCACUAUGGUCUCCAGCGGCUGGGCAGCACCGGUACCGUCCGGGUUUUGGUGCCGGUAAGCCUAAACAGAGUAGUACUGGGAGCCCGCAGCAGGCAAAGCCUCCGCUGGGCCGGAGCGGAGCAGUUCACCGGCGGGCUGCUGGAGCUCUGCCGCCCGGGACAGUGGCUGCUGGCCCGGCAAGGAGACCCGCUGCUGCUGCCCCGACACCCGCUGCUGGGAGAGGACCCGGGACAGGUGCAGCUUCAGCUGUCGGAGCUGCUGGUUUUGGAGUGUAGUCCCGUCACACAGGGAAGAAUCACGGCCGACACCUCUUUGGUUCUGACAGACUUCUCGGAUUCGCUGGACCCUCCAGGUGCCCCUUCGUCCUGCAGACCGCUCCCACUGUGCGUGUCGGACUUCGCUCACUACGCUGAAAGCCUUUGCAGUGGACGAUCUCUUCUUGACAACAGAAGGCUGCUGGGCUCAGGGUUGUCAGGUGUCCUGCAGGCACUGGAGUGCAGGCUGGACAUCAGAAUUGUUGACACUCGACGAUGGCUUGGGAUCAGAGGUGAACAGGGAACAGCAGUGGACCUAGACAACUGUGUGUUUGUGAGCAAGCUGCUGCUUCUCAGACUGGGGCUGUUCAACCAGGAGUGGGUGAGGCUGUCGAGGCCUGCAGGGUCAUUCAGACCACCCACAGGAGAGUCUGAUUACAGGGGAGGCUUCUGCAGAGAGCGGCUGGUCUCUGUGGUGGUGGUGGAUCUGACUCAGAGUCCAGACCUACUGAUUCACCAUGAUGUGGGUUUUAUAUCAGCGACUCUGUGGUUUAACAUGACCGAGGGAGAAGUGAUCCCUGCAAACAGCUGCACGCUAAGGAUAAAGAGGUGGAAACCGUCUCCUCCAGAACCCAGUGAUUGUCGCUCUGACAGUCGCUUAGCUUCUCCAUCGUUUGCCAGCGAGCUUCACAUCCAACUGGUUGUUUCUCCACUAUACAGCAACCUCAGCUUCUACGACAACCUGUUGGCUGAACACUUCAGCACACCCAGACUGGUUUCACAGGGAGAUGUCCUGACAGUUCCGGCUGAAAACCAUCCAGACCUGCUUGAAAACAACUCUGAGGGAAUCCACAGGUGUCCAGUGCUUUUCUUCAAAGUGCAGAAGGUGAGCCAUUCUUCAAAGAGAGAAGAAGAAGGAGGAGGAGGAAGAGGGGGAGGAGCUGUUUUGGCUGACAGACUGCACACCUCACUCUACAUGGGAGGGCCAGUAAACAGCUCCGUCCCCUGCUGCCCUGUGGAGGGAGCAUCGCUGUGGAACAGUCUGUCUCCUCCGGGCCUCAAGAAAACAGGCAACUUCAUCAGCAGCAUCAUCCAGCCUCACCUGCAGCACAGCAGCUCUUUGUCUGGUUGCACCAUCCUCCUCCAUGGUCAUGCAGGAAGUGGAAAAAUGACGGUGGUCAGAGCAGUGAGUCGCAGACUGAACCUUCACCUGCUGAAGGUGGACUGUGUGAGCGUGUGCGCCGACACGCCUGCAGCCGCUGAGGUGAAGCUGACGUCAGUGUUUCAGCGGGCCGACUCCCUGCAGCCCUGCAUCCUGCUGCUCAGGAACCUGCAGCUCCUGAUCCGACCUCGAGGUGCAGCUGAGGAUGACGGCAGGAUCCAGGUGGCACUUUGCCAGCUGCUCAGAAGUGUCCCCACCAGCGUAGUGGUGGUUGCAACAGUCUGCAGACCUCGGGAUCUGUCUGCAGGUGUAGUGGCAGCAUUUGUCCACCAGGUGGCCUUAGAGAGCCCCACUGAAGAGCAGCGGCGCUCCAUGCUGGCCAGCCUGAGCCGAGACCUUCACCUGGGGAGAGAUGUCAGCCUGGAGAGAUUGGCCAAACUUACCGCAGGUUUUGUGUUGGGGGAUCUGAGUGCUCUGCUGGUCGAGGCUGGUAGAGCUGCAUGCAGGAGGCUGAUCCACACCUGUGGGGGUCGGCAGCAGGAGGACCUGUGCUCCAGCGGUGUGACCAUCCUGAACCAGGACUUCAUGUCUGCCUUGGAGACCCUGCAGGAUGCUCAGUCCAAGGCCAUCGGAGCCCCAAAGAUCCCUAAUGUGCGCUGGGAAGAUGUUGGAGGCCUGCAGCACGUGAAGAAAGAUAUUCUGGACACAGUUCAGCUUCCUCUGCAACGCCCUGAGCUGCUGUCUCUGGGUCUGAACCGGACCGGAGUCCUGCUGUACGGACCCCCAGGAACAGGAAAGACUCUGCUGGCCAAAGCUGUGGCCACUGAGUGCUCCAUGACCUUCCUCAGUGUUAAAGGCCCAGAGCUCAUCAACAUGUAUGUCGGUCAGAGUGAAGAGAACAUCAGAGAAGUAUUCUGCAGAGCACGUUCAGCAGCUCCCUGUGUCGUCUUCUUUGAUGAGCUGGACUCUCUGGCUCCCAGCAGGGGGCGCAGCGGAGACUCAGGAGGAGUGAUGGAUAGAGUAGUGUCUCAGCUGCUGGCCGAGCUCGAUGCUCUGCACUCGUCUGUUGGAGUUUUUGUGAUCGGAGCCACAAACCGCCCAGACCUGCUGGACCAAUCUCUGCUGAGGCCUGGCAGGUUUGACAAGCUGGUUUACGUUGGAAUCAAUGAGGAUCGAGUCUCCCAGCUGCAGGUUCUCCAGGCCAUUCUCAGAAAGUUCAGGUUGGACCCUGCUGUGAACCUGCAGGAGGUGGUGGAUCGCUGCCCUGCCAACAUGACUGGUGCUGAUCUGUACGCUCUGUGUUCAGACGCCAUGACAGCUGCCAUCAAGAGGAAGAUCUCUCACAUCAACAGCGGUCUGGAUUCAGAGGACUCUCCUGUCCUCCUCACUGUCGACGAUUUCUGUUCCGCGUUGGACAACUUCCAUCCGUCUGUGUCUGACCAGGAACUCCAGCGAUACAGAAACAUUCAACAGGCGCUCACUGCAAAGUAGUAACACAGAAUCAGCUGUUCGUCACCAGGAAGUAGCAUCUGUUCACCCCCCAACAACUAACCAGAUGUUUUAAGAGGCCUCCCUUGAACAUCUAUGGAGUUUAAAAAUAAUUCAGUUCUAACCAUCUACACAAAAUAUCUGCUGUAAUCUACCACAAAGCAAUAAAAUGUAAAUGAUGUAAAGAUGUUAAUUUAUAAAAUUGUAAAUGUAAUUAAUAAAAACAAAAAUGAGUAGAAUAAUGAAAGUCAA